CAUAAAGUCACGUGACGUGGACACAUAGCUCAGCCGAAAAUGUCAAGCUAGGACUUCAAUUUUCUGACAGGUCUGCAGUGAGGAGACUCAGAGGGAAUGGAGGAGUUUCCUGUGAAGGUCUCAGAGGCAGUGUGUCUCGGGGCCAGCCUGGCCCUCUCAGGCAUCUGCUACUGUCUCUACAAGAAGAGCCGGACAACGCUAGAUAAACUCGAAGGUGCUCCUCACUUCACUAUAGACGGAAAACUCAAAGACAUUCUGAAAGUUACUCCAGGAGCAUGUCUACAGUAUGCUGUCAUCGAAGGUGCUGUGCAACCGGUAGGCGAGCCUCUGACCAGCUCCUUCCAAAAAGAAAAGCUUGGAGUGUUGCAGAAGAUCUUGCUGAGAGAACACAGGCUUCUGUGGAACAGCCUUUCACGCACUUGGACGGACAGUGAGCGGGUCUUGCACCAAAGAAUGACUGCAGUGCCCUUUGUAUUAGUGGGAUCAGAUGAUACGGCCGUCCGAGUGCUGUGCCCUCUGCAGGCCUCCGGUGUGCACAUGGAGACCACCCACGAGAAGUUUCACCAGGUUAACUACGGCUUCAGUGACAUCAUAGGACAAUACCUCAGCGGGGAGAAGCUUAAAGGGCAGCUGGAGACAGAAGAAAUGCUCAAAGUGGGCGCAACUCUAACUGGUGUGGGCGAGUUGAUACUGGACACUGACGGCACCGUGAAUCUCAGACCCCCUUCUAACGGCUCAGAGUAUUUCUUGAGCAUUACAGACUUUGACACCCUGCUGGGGGAGCAGGAGAGCACAGCUGGUUGGUGGAAGGGGCUCGCCAUCGCCUCUGCUGUGGCGGGGGCAGGGGUGCUACUCUGGUUGGGCCGACGCUACUAUAUUCAACUCAAAGUACACUGGGAGAGGGAGAAGGAGAGGAGGGAUUUUGACAGACUGCGGGCUGAAAACCCAAGAGCUCAUGCUCCAGUAGCCGGACACGAGGCCAUCGAAGAGGAGCACUUAGAGAACGCCUGUGUGAUCUGCCUUACUCAGCCACGUAACUGUAUUCUGUUGGAGUGUGGGCACGUGUGCUGCUGCUACAGCUGCUACCAGGCUCUCCCCCAGCCCCGCUGCCCUAUUUGUAGACAGAGCAUCAGCAGGGUGGUGCCUCUCUACCAUGUUUGAGGCCACUGUGAUCACAUGACCUCAGUGGAGCUUCAGCAACACACAAACUGUCAGCUUAACUCCUUUAAGUGCUGCACUCACACCUAAAAAAGAGCUACGCUUUGAUAUUCAUAUUACUGUAAAGAAUAAUGUUAUGAUGGUAUUGUAUGUAAUAAUAAAGGUGAUUUGUUACGACUUUCA